AUGGGAAUUUGUGGAAGCACUACGAAAUAACCAGAAGAUUAGAUUUGUAAAUUGAGUCAGCCAAUCAUAACUAGUGGUGAAUUGCAGAUAAAAGUGCUGUUGAAGAACAUUAAGUUAAAGAUGCCAGAUAUCCGAUAAUGUUCUAUUGAAUUCGAUUUGGGAAAAUGUAAGUAUACGUCACCUGUGCAUGUGAAUAAUGAAGGAGAACAUUAUGUAAUUAUUAUUUGAUAGAAGCAAUUAAGUGGCGAGCAAGUUUUGAUGGCUUACUUAAGAUGACUGAAUAAUAAAUGAGAGAAACUAAUAUUAAGAUUUCGGUACUAACAUCAUCAGUGAUUGGACAAGCCUAAAUCAAUUUAUUUGAAGCUGCAGUAGGCCCUUUCCAUUUUGAGUUACCAAUAAGAGGCUAAAAUAGUGGGAAUGUGAGUUUCGAUUUGAAAAUGAAUCAAAUUGUUCAAGCCACCUUAUAGAGCAAAUACAUAAUAUGGGAAUUGAAUUCGAGCUUGAAUGAGGUUAGAUACAAUUACAAUCUGCGUUUGGUGGUUCAAAUAAAUGACUAUUAACAAGACCUCCCAAUUGUCGUACAUCUCUGAGCAUUCAUCUACCUUUACUAAUCCGAACUAUAGAAAACAGAACGAGAAGAAGAACACGCAAUUUUAAACUAGUCGUAAGAGCAUCUUAGACCAAGAUUCUGUAAAGGAUAUUUUUACCUCCUUAUCAAGACUCCCUUCACUAAAAAGUCCUCCAAAUCCAUCAUAUGAUUCCGUGGCUGCAACCCCUACUCAUAAAGUAUAUAAUCACUAAAACCAUAGGCAAACCAUCGAAUUGAAUGGGAACAUAUCAACGACGAACUUGCAAUGAUAGUAGAAUUGCCAAUCCAGGAAUUUCAAGGUUCAGCACUUUAAUUGUGUUUAUGGUCUAUUUCAUCUAAUAAAAGGAGUUUAGACAACGUUAAGUCUCCCCAAAAGACUACCAUAAAGAAAACAAAAAAUCAGCAUGAUUCCGAAUACAUGGAUUUGGAAAUCUAAGAUCAUCAUCUGGUAGCAGAAACCUACAUCAAUUUGUCAAAUAUGGAAACAAGUGUAUCAGGGGAACAGGGAGCCAAAAUUUUAAUGAUCAAAAGCUAUCAACCUAAAUCUCUUUGGUAUCAUGGUGUUGAAGUUGGUAAAAUUGAUUAUGAAAUCAGUGUCCGAAUCCCAAAUCAUCUCUAACAGUCCUCAUUUGGGGUUUAAACAGAAAAGGGAAUUGUUUCUUCCAUUUCUGUUGUUGGAAAUGUAGAAAACAUCAGUGUUUCUGAAAUAAAAAUGAUACAAAUGGAAUUCUAAAAGUUAUCUAGCAACAUUUUCAAGAUAGAACAUAAAUCUCUCAAUAUUGAUGAAAAAUUAAAAGUUAGGUAAGAAAUGGAUCAAAAUCUAACUCGUUUAGCAUAAUUUCUUGGCCAAUCUCAUGGAAGUGCUAUCAAAACUUUCUAAUAUAAAUCCGAAGAUGAUUUAAUGAAAGCGUAAUAAUUACUCAUUUAAAUCUCUAUUCAUCUAGUUGAUUAUUCCAAAACAUUAUCCACUUUUAACUCUUAUUAUGAAUGUCUCAAUCAAGUCUUAAGUCGUGGAGAACUAAUGCUUUAACAAUUGGGAUUUUUUAAAGCUCUUAAUAAAAAAUAAUCGAAUUAGAAAAUUGAAGUUUGUUUAAAUUAUUAGACAUUCUUAAUCAAUACAUUACGUUACACACUAUCCAGAUUAAAUUAAAAGGACCCAUCAUAUGAAGCCAGAAAACUCUAUAUCAAAUUCUUAGUCAUCAGUUAUUUCAGAAUACCAGAGUUCAGAGCCAAAUUCUUAGAACUUAUUAAUAAACCAGACGAUCCUCAAUUAACUGAAUUACGAGGCACAGAAUUCAUACAAGAAGAUGAUCCUACCAACAUAGAUAAAAGUACUAAGAAUAACAUCUCAAUAUUUGAUUGGUAGAAUUAUUUUCAUACUUAUUUGAAUGAUAAAAAUUAAGGAAUCCAAAAUUAAUCAGCUCUCAAUUAAAUCCUAGAUGAUGAAAGUUGGAAGGAAAACAUAAGGCAUAGGUCGAUUAAUUUUAGUUUCUUUGUUGAAGAAUGGGCAAUCUAUGUUAGAAAUAUUCUACAAGUGAAAAUACUGCCUUGGCAAGAUAUUCCAGGUUAUAGAAUUUUAGUUAAAGCCUUUAUGUGUGAAUUAAAAUAGUAAGAUUCAGUGCCUGAUGCAAUGAAAAUAGCAUUGAGGAGUUUGAUGCAAAAUGUUAAUCUCUUAGGAAUCAUAGUUAGUCUACAAUUUAAUAAGACAAAGUAAAUAGAAUUAAAAUUAUUCUAGUUUAUAUAACACAGAGUAAGUGAUUGAAACCUUUGAAAUUUUGGAUAUAUGCUUCUCCACCUUGACUACAAUGCCUCCUUAUUUCGAUUACCCAUUCCUUUUGAAAGGAAUAAAAUAAAUCAUUAUAGAUUCAGAGCAUGCCAUUUGCAUUGCCAAAUGUCUGUGGUUCAUCUAUAAUAUAUACCCAUUACUCUAAAGUAAACAUAUAUCCUAUUGGUCAGCGGAGUUUAAGAAGGAUCUGUGCGAGUUCAUCUUUGAGAAAGCUGUCUUCAAACUAUUUCUUCAUUGGAGCAAGACCGUAAGACUGAUGUUUCAUUAUUUUCUACUAUACAGAGUGUCACAUCAACAUAAGAAUCCUAAAGUUGGAGGAUUAGAUGAGGAGUAGAAUUAUAAUGUAAAUAAAUAGGUAAAUUAUAUAAUAAUACACUCUGAUCAAUAGACCAAAAAAGAAUCAAAGCUACUUUGAAAAUCGACAACCUCAAUAAUAGUUAAUUGUAAUUAUGUAGUACUCAUUAUACAAUAGUCUGAUUACAUCUACAUGAAGUACUUGAGAUUCUUAAGCAAAGUUGAAUAGGCGAAAGUAAAUGAAGCAGAAAGAGAAUAUUAAUAGGAUUAUAAGAGUUACUAUUAGCGAUUGGUGGCUAAGAAGUUGAAAAUGGAGCAAGAAUAGAAAUUACGAUAAGACGCAGAACCAAAGAUGGAAAGUUUAAAAUUAGAAAGACUAUAAUCUGAAUAAGAAGAAUAAAUAUAAAAGUAAAAUUAGUUGAAACCAGUUAUAGUUCCCAGAACAGUUAUGCAUAAGAAAUUAAGUUGUAAGACAUUAUAACUCAUUUUAAGUUAAACACGAUAUUGAAAUUACAGAUAAAUAAUAACAAUAUGUUUUAAUUUCUAUUAGAGAAUUUGAAGAAUAAUUGAAAAAUUAUAAUAAUUGGAGAUAAUCUAAUAUCAAAAAGGUCAUGGGCAAAUACAAUGAGGAAGGUUCGAUAUUUAUUAUAUUCAAGAUAAACACACUAUUCAUCUAACCUUUGAGGUUCCAAAAAUGGAUAUUCUUAAAAGAAUUGAUGAAAAGGAAGGUGCAUGA